AUGGCUUCAAGAGACGGAACGCCAGAGCCAAGCCGCUGGUCGCGCGCAUCCAGUGCAGCCCCAAGAGAUAGCACACCCGGCGAUAACCUCGAGGCUAGCAUUAUCAGAUCUGAAUCCGGACAUAGCAGCAAGCGACCCAAGAAUAAGUCUACUGGUGGCGCAGCAGCAGCAUCCUCAUCAUUCCCUACAGUAGGCAAAAUCAGACACCUAAAAAAAGAGGAUGGAGAGCCACUGUGGAGAAGAGAUAUUCAGUACGACUUUCUCAAGUCCGUUUUCGAUGAUGACAGAAAGGUUUUUACCAACAGCUACGAACCUGUAGGAGAUGGCAAGGAGAAGCAGAGCUUUGCCGACCUAUAUAUCGAUACGAUGGCCAGAAGCAGCAAGACGAGUAAGGUUCUUAGGGAUAAACUACUUAGUGACAGGGAGGCCGCAAAGAGCAUGGCUAUGGUGUGCUUGCUUGUCAACGUGGGUCGCAUGAAUACGACGCUUAACUUUUUCCCCGAGAUGCGAGCUCAACUUCGAACAUAUCAUGCUAUCCCGUCCUUACAAGCCCAUCAAGAUGCAUCGGCCUAUAAACAACUCCAAGAUGCGCCGAGAUUGAAGUCUAUCUUGAAAGGUGCCGCUGAGGAUCGACCUGAACCACAUGAGCUCGGAGAGUUUAAGGGAAAGGACCCGCCUCGAUCGAACCCGGUGAACCUCAUCUUCCUCAUAUGCCAGCAAGCAUCUUAUAUUGCAGAACUGCACUUCCCUCCUGGUGGUGAAUUCCAUGACUUAAUUAUGAAGACCAAUUACACGAGCAAAUCCCGUGCGAGGGCAUUUUUAUGGCUAAUGUGGUUCUAUCUCGAGUCAGACUUUACUGAGGAAGGCUGUGAAGAGAAUCCAUUUGGCCCUGGUGUCGACUAUGGCACUGAAGUGGCGAAUCAAGGCGUCCCGCGGAUGGAAGAAAUGACGGCAGACGAAGAGGAUCGCGAGAAUAUCGACCCGCACGAAGAGAUUGACUUCGGUCGUGAGAAGCAAAAUCAUAGAGCCAAAAUAAUAGCAGCCGACCAAGCCUACUUAGCAGACCAUCAGAGUAAGCGUGGCUCUAGAGGACGGGUCAUGGCCGAUGAAGGACCAACAGCCGCUAUCCUCCCUCGGAUACGCCCAUCGAAACAUGAGUCGGAUAUGGAUAGCACACGAUCCACUCCUCCACCAAGAGCCUUGUCGCGCCUUGGUGCUAACAGUACUGGACGACGAGGCGGGGCAUCCCUGAAGAAUUUGAUAUUCGAUGGUUCUUCACCUGCAGGGCCGGGAUCCCACGUUAUUGAGGGCAUCGUUCCCCGAAAGCCGCGCCCUCCCACAGCACACCAACUAGCAGUAGAGCGGAACCGAAACCAACGAGUUGAACAUAUCCUCGGUCGCGGGCUACGCAAGCAGCAUCAUCGUGCGCGAAAGGCGCGUCGACAGGAAGGUGCGAUUAUACGUGCCAAGCGUCGUCUAGCUGCCAUGAAGGAUGCCCUUGUAGACAGCGAUGAAGAGGAAUACAUGGUAUCGCAUAGGGAGCAUAAGCACCUCUUCAUAGACCGAGGUUUUGGUGGUCUUUGUCAACUUCACCAAGAAGACGACGACUUCGGCGAAGAGUUCGCGUCGUACUCAGCGGCACUGAGAAGAACGGAUCGACGGCUUCGACGCUGGGAUGGUCGACCCGAAUUGGGCGUCGUACUAGCCUCUAAGAAGCGUACUGCAGGCCCACCCUCUGAUUACGCCUCACCUGACCCGCAUGGCGAACGUGGCAGGAAUGGCAGCCCGGAGAAGGCAAAUGCAAUCAAGAUCAAGCAAAACGGCAACACCAAUGGUGAUGUCACAAUGGAAGACGCAGACGACCUAGAUCCUAUGGAGAAGGAACUCUUAGGUAUUGAUAGCGGCGGCGAGGAAGGCGAAGGAGAGGGCGACGGUGAUGGUGACGGUGAAGGAGAGGGUAAGGAUGAUUCCGAGGAUAUCGAUAUUAUUGGUAAGGCGUUACUGGGACUUGAUGGUUCGGAUGGCACGGACAGUUCGUAG